UUUCCCAUUCGAAGUUGCGUUAGCAGAUUCGUUGUGGAAUUCAAAGACACCCCUUUUUCUCUCUUUUUUCCAUUCUUGACACGUAUUUGAAAGUCUGCUACCUGUGUGGAAAUUCGGUUCUUCAGAGCUUAUAUAUAAGCAAACAAAGACACUAACAUAUUCCCAUCUUUCUGCAUUUAUAUUUGAUCCUGAAACAAGACUUCAAUUCAUACACACCAAACACCUAUACCUAGUACGCAAAGGAAUCAAAAUAGUGAUAGUUUUCUUCGAAGAAAUUGAAGUGUGGGGGGAUCUACAUCUCUAUGGGAUUAUCACUUUCAUUACUGUCAUCAGCCUGGGAAGAAAUCGUUAGACAUUCUCUCUUUGGUUUGUCUUUGAAUUUGACCUUCGGUUCAAAAGAUGGGGCUGUGAUUUUGAGAUCAGGUAGCUUCAAGAAAAGAGAAUCAGACACCACUUCUGUGUUGUCAAAGGGUGCCUCUACCACCGGCUCAAGCAAGUUGAAGGAUUACAGACCCGAACACAUGAUCUUUGAAAGAAACCUUUCAUGCAUUAAAGGAAUGGAGAUGAUGGGUUCUGAGAGAAGUGAACUGUUGCAGCAGAAGCCAGUGCCUGUUCUUUCUCUGCCUAAAGAAGUGGUUUUCUCUUCCCCAAGACCAGUUAGUGAGCUUGAUGCUGCCGCAACUAAAGUUCAGAAAGUCUACAAGAGUUACCGCACCAGAAGAAACCUUGCAGAUUGUGCUGUUGUUGUGGAAGAGCUCUGGUGGAAGGCAUUAGACUUUGCUGCUCUUAAAAGAAGUUCUGUUUCAUUCUUCAAUGUGGAGAAACAAGAAACAGCUAUGUCACGGUGGGCAAGAGCAAGGACAAGAGCUGCUAAGGUUGGAAAAGGUUUAUCCAAGGAUGAUAAGGCUCAAAAGUUGGCCCUGCAACAUUGGCUCGAAGCUAUUGAUCCACGGCAUCGUUAUGGACACAAUUUGCACAUGUAUUACGAUAUUUGGUUUGAAAGCCAAAGCUCACAACCAUUUUUCUACUGGUUGGAUGUUGGAGAUGGCAAAGAAAUUAAUCUUGAGAAAUGUCCAAGGGCCGUCCUGCAACGCCAGUGCAUUACAUAUCUUGGACCAAAAGAAAGAGAAGAAUAUGAAGUAAUUGUUAAAGACGGAAAGCUAGUGUACAGAGGGGAUGGAAGGUUCGUGGACACUGAUGGAAAGUCGAAAUGGAUAUUUGUUCUCAGCACCACAAGGUCCUUGUAUGUGGGGCGCAAGCAGAAAGGUUCAUUUCAACACUCUAGCUUUCUUUCUGGUGCUGCUACAACAGCUGCAGGCAGAUUAGUGGCUCAUCAGGGUGUGCUUGAGGCUAUUUGGCCAUACAGUGGUCAUUAUCACCCCACGGAAGAGAACUUCAAGGAAUUUAUAAGCUUUCUUAACGAGCACAACGUGGACCUUUCCAAUGUGAAGAAAUGUGCUAUAGAUGAUGAUGCUCCUUCAAUGGUUGGGUCCACUUCAUUUAGUGACAUUAAAGAGUCACAACAAAUUAAGGGUCCCCCUCUACCUUCCACCAAUUGCAUCACCAUGAAUGCAACAACACUUCAUAAAGAGACUGAAAAGAAGGUUGAGGUCCCAGUUUUUGACGUGUCUAAGAGGCUAACAUGCAAGUGGUCUACUGGGGCAGGACCCAGGAUCGGGUGUGUGCGUGACUACCCUGAACAUCUUCAAUCAAGGGCCUUGGAACAAGUCAACCUCUCCCCCAGGCCUGCUUCUGCACGCCCAUAUAGCUACGGCCCAAUCCCAUCCCCAAGGCCCAGCCCAAAAGUCAGAAUGUCUCCAAGGCUUGCUUACAUGGGCCUACCCAGCCCAAGGCGCCCAAUCCCUGCUACAAGUUAAGACAACAAACAUGUUUGAUGUUGUGUUGGUUCUGAAAAUUUUCCAAUGUUUGACACCUGAAGCAUGGACAUGGAAGAGAAUUAGUGAUGAAAUUAUGGAUGUCUGAGACCAAAGUACCAAGUACAUAAUAGUGACAAAAAACUGAGAUGACAUCAAAGAGGCUCAAUUCUCUCUCUCUCUCUCUCUAGCUAGGUAGCUAGCUUCUGUUUUUGUCUUACAAUUUCUUUAUUUCUUCAUUACUAGGCUCAAUGAGUCACUCACUCUGUAUUAACACUGUGAUUCGUCUCUGGUUUUCCUUUGUUUUUAAAAGGGCCAUUCACUUCAUUCUUCAUUGUAAGUAGAGUUGUAUAAGUUUCUAAUUCAACACCAUAUCAAUUUUUGUCUGCUA